GAUAUUGCUUUAAACAUUGCUUAUGAAAGCAACACAGUUUCUGCAUGUUCUCCAUUGAUUUUGCAAUUCCCUCGAGGGAGAACACUGGCUUUGAGAAUAUUGAAUUUCCUGUACUUUUGGGACAACCCAGAACGGCUGUCACUGUUGAAGAGUUUACAGGUUUCCAUAAAAGGAAAUAAAAUGUCUUCUCAUAUAGAUUAUUCAUUCAAGACAUAUUUUGAAAACUUACAGCCACCAGCUAUAGAUAAGGACUACACAUGUGCUUUUGAACAUAUAAAAGAUUGGAAGAAAACAUUUACUGAAAAUGAGGAGAUCAUCAGUAAAAAUGUAAAUAUCCGACCCAGGGCCCCCCCAGACAUCAGGGAAGGGUACUGGAAACUGUCACCCAAGCCACACAAGAUCCCUAGGUUGGAAGUUGCAGUGGCUAACAUGGGCCAGCAGACCAAGCACUGCACUGGGUCCUAAUGGAAGUUUUCUCAGCUUCACAGAAUAUUGAGCUCUGCUUGUCCAACAGCAGUGGCUUUCUUGAAAGCAUCCGCCCAGCUCUGGAGCUGAAUAAGACCUCUGUCACCAAGUGCUCCAUGUGCAGGCUGGAGCUCAGCACAGCAGAACAGGAGCUGCUUCUCACCCUGCCUGCCAUGCAGUCUCUUGAGUUCGAGGGGAUGCACCAUCUACCAGAUCAUCUCUUUGCUAAAUUGGACAAGUUUCCCAGCCUCAAAGAACUGUCUGUGAGACUAGAUGGCAAAGCAGAUGUGCUUUCAGUCCUUCCUGGAGAUUUCCCAAACCUCCACCACAUGGAGAAAUUAUCCAUCUGAACUUCCACAGAGUCUGACCUCUCCA